AUGGCAGUCACAGAACUUGCAUGUCUACGCCUGGCAUCGGAGAAGACUAUAUCGCCAGAUCUCCUCGAGAAGCUUGCAAAAGCCCGAUCGGUCAUGGAGACAGCAAGCGGGCUUGAUUUCCACUAUUACCGCUGUAUCGAGAAUCCGGAUUUAAUCUAUAUUAUUGGGGCAUGGCCAUCGGCCGAUUUCCAUAUGCAAGACUUCAUCCCUUCCCCAGCUAACCAGGACUUACUUGCCAUUCUCAAAGAUGAACUCGCCGUGGAGUGGAUGUUCCAUUUGGACAUCGAUCAAACCAUGUGCAAAUUGCCACUGGAAAGACCGACGAUAGGCAUUGUCCGCCAUUUCAUCAAGGAUGGCCACAGGGGUCAAUUUCAGGAGACUUUCACGGAGAAUAAAAGCCACCUGGAGUCAUUCAUUGGAGGCGAGGACUCGGUUGUUGGAGGAUACAGAUUGGACCGUGGCUUUGAUCCGUCGUCUGAAGGCGAUGGGAAGGCUGAAGAAUUUGUCUUGUUUACGGGAUGGAAUGAUGUCAAGCAACACGAAAGUUUCUCACAGACUGAGGAUUUUGAGAAAUAUGCGAAGAUCCGGGAUCAUAUCGAUGGCGCAAGUAUCAAGCACGCGGUGCUGCUCGGCACCUAUCCAAGGCUCCCUCCGGACGUUUCUCACUCCGCCGCAGCGCUGGCAUUCUUCGCCUCGCCUCUUCUUUACCACAACCUCCCUACAGUGCGUACAGUGACCGAUCGCAACGGACGCAGAUACUCGGUCGCUGAUACGCCUAUCCGCUCGUUUGACGCAUACCCACCUCGCCGUCGUACUGUUGUUGGCAUCUCAAACGAAGCAGAUCUUACCCGCUCUUCCUCCCUCCACGAACGCAGCCAGCACUCCUCAGCAAACGUCUACAGAAGAUCCUGGGUAGAGACCGCACCAAUCUCAAGAAAAGGAGGCAGUAUGUCCAAGGUUGUGAGGGGUGUGAAGAACAUCACCAAGGGGUAUAGUGCUGUCCAGGUCAAGGUGCGAAAUGCUACCUCGAAUGACCCAUGGGGCCCAACGGGCACAGAUAUGGCGGAGAUCGCAGCCCUCACAUUCAACAAUCCGAGUGAUUUCUACGAGAUCAUGGACAUGCUCGAUAAGCGCUUAAAUGAUAAGGGCAAGAACUGGCGCCAUGUUCUAAAGUCCCUCAAAGUCCUGGACUACUGUCUGCACGAAGGUUCAGAACUGGUUGUUACCUGGGCUAGGAAGAACAUUUAUAUCAUCAAGACACUGAGAGAAUUCCAAUAUGUGGAUGAAGACGGCAGAGAUGUUGGACAGAAUGUGCGAACGUCUGCCAAAGAACUUACUUCGUUGAUCUUGGAUGAGGAGCGUCUCAGAAGCGAACGGUCUGACCGAAAACUGUGGAAAACUCGUGUCACUGGAAUCGACGAAUAUGCCCCUCAAGCGAUCUCGGGACCACCUCAGUCACAUGCGCCUAGACGGGAUCGUGUACAGGAUGAUGAGGACGAGCAGCUCAGGCGAGCCCUGGCUGAAAGUCAGAGAGAAGCUGAUGAACAGGCACGGAAGAAGAGGAGCGAACAGAAUGAGCCAGAAGAUCCCGAAUUCGAAAAGGCACGACUUCUCAGUCUCGAAGAGGAGGAGCAACGCAGACGGGAUUUGGAAAACAAAAAUGCUGCCUCCUUGUUCGAUGACACACCGGCUCCUGCCCAGCCUCAACCGACUGGAUAUAAUCAAGGCUAUCAGCAACAGCCUGCCGUGGACUGGUUCGGAAACCCUCUUCAACAACAACCCCAAACUACUGGGUUUUUGAACAAUCAAUACGCUCAGCCACAGCAGACUGGGUUUCAAACUGGUUAUGGCAAUGGCUUUCAAGGUGCUCAACCAACUGGGUACGACCAAUUUGGACAGGCUCCAUUCCUCCAACAGCAAAACACUCUUCAGCCCCAACAAACGGCAUUCCAAAACAACAAUCCUUAUGGACUACAACCCAAUGGCAACUUCUUUGGAGGCCAACCAGCCCAGCAACAGCAGCAACCUCAGCAAGUGCCACAACUACAACAACAGGCACUACCUACCGGCUCUAACAAUCCCUGGGCAGCUCAAUCACCUCAGCCACUGGAGCAGAUGAAACCACUCCCAACGGGCUCGAAUAACCCCUUCGCCCAGAAGACACAACAACCAUCGCCAUCACCGUUCGCUCGCACGCAGACUCAGCCUUCUCUAGGAACUUUGUAUGAGUCGCAGCCUACCGCACAAUUUAGUCAGCCAUCUCAGCCAAACCCGAUUCUCAAUUAUCAAGCUCCACAGCCGUCUCUGCAGCAACAGCAGCCGCAGAAGCCAUUGAACCCACAUCACGAGAAACUCAAUGCGCUGUUAUCGACGGGAGAAGGCAUCGAUACUUUUGGCAAUGUUGGCGAGCUGCGUAUACCCGCUCAGCAUACCGCUCCGGGCAAUUUUGUCAACUCGUCAGGACAAGGCCUGGAGCGUCUCCGAGCAUCUCAAACCGGAGCCAACCCGUUCUUCUCCCAGCAGCCAACAGGAUACGCACAGCCCAAUCAGGCUGGGGGUUUCGGUCAACAACAAAACAAUGCUUUUGGUGGUGGAUAUGGUCAACAAAAUAACAACGCCUUUGGAGGAAGACCUGUUGGACAGCAGAACGGCAGCUUGAUCGACUUGUGA